CUCUAUCCACACACGCGCGCGCGCGCUCGCGCUCCCUGUAAAUCCUCGCGUUCAGCGCGCACCGGUUCCACGACCAUCUGGAUAUAGCGCGUUUGCCUGUUGGCUUGUUUGUUUGUUUUUUAUCCUUCAUUUUUUUUUUUUUGUUUCUUAUCUUAUCUGAUGCGUUCUGGACGUUAAGGUCAGCAUGUGAUUCGCUCUGUACCUCUGGCACGCGCGAGACAGCUGCAACUCUCAGUGUUAUCUGAGAACUCGCUCGCGCUCUCUCGCGAUCUCUCUCUCUCUCUCUCUCGCGCGCGCAUAAAUAUCGAAUAACGUAUAACUUGAGCACAAGUUGCGUAAAAAAUCCUUCAUGAUGGGAAACAACGGCGUUUUACCUGCCAGAAGACAUGCAGCUGUGUGUGUUAUACUGGCGACCUUCUCUGCCGUAGCGAUGGCUUGUAACAGCUAUUAUGACAAUGCUAUCAAGGAGUUAUGCCUGGCCAAGUUCAAGGAGGACAUGGAAGCUCUGGACCAGGGCCACUGGUGCAGCUGGGAGGACACAGUAGAGUCCUAUGGAGAGCUGACAAACUGUACGUUCCUGGUGGCCUGGAAGCUCAACUGUUUCUGGCCCAACAGGAUAGUGGACGAAUUCUUCAUCAGCGUUCACCAGAACUACUUCCACAACUGCUCACCCACAGGCCGACUUCCUCAUGAUCCACCCAACAGGAUUUUAGGGCCCUUCAUUGUUGUACCCAUUGUGGUCACUUUACUCAUGACUGCCCUGGUGGUGUGGAGGAGUAAACGCAGCGAGGGCAUUGUGUAACUGCCUGCUUCAGUGAUCCUCUGAAGCACAGAGGCUCACAUCACCAAACCCAGAGAACACACACACUAUGCUGCUGGAAAAGAGACGUGUUCAACUACUGACUUGUAUCUCAUCAAAUAGCUAAAGAAUGGAGCAGCAUGCUGGCUACACACACACACACACAUAUUUGCACACAUUAUUAGAAACUGUCUUUACAAUAUAUGAUACAGACAAAACUUCAUUUCAUAGACUUGUGUCAUAUAUCUACAAGGUCCUGGAUGGUAAUCCAAAGCAGUGCAUUUUCAUCACAAUACCUCAUUGUUGAAACAGCUGAAGUGCAAGUGGAAAUGACACUGGCUGAAUAAAUCUAAUUUAUGGACAGAUGAACCACAAAAGCAGAACGCUGGACUUCGCUCGUCUCUCUCCUCUCACCACUCAUGCAUUCUCAUGCUGUGCAUUGUAUCCAAUCCUGAUAAUGUUUAGUCUUGUUGAUAUGCUGAACGGGUUUAUUUGCAAAACGGAAUAAAUCACGUGACUAAUAUCACACUGUAUACCUGACAGUGAAACAGGGGUUUACUUACGCGGUCUGUAACGCUAGUUGAUUUGACUAGAGACGAUCAGAGACUUCGGUUAAUUGGUUACUUGAAUGUUUAUUCGGAGUGAAACUUGUAAAUCUGGCAACUUCAGAUCAUAUUCCGUUUAUCAUCCUUUGUUUAAAUUUAAAUCUGAUUGCUUUUAUUUUAACGUGUCCUGAUUGUUAAACCGAAAAUAAAGGCGCUUGAAAGGAAGCGAUGGCAGCUCAGAUUUUCUACAUUUGUGACUUGUGGCUAGAAGGCUGUUAGCAAAAAAUGCAGGAUUUCCAAUAAAGGCACCGCCUCACCCCUGAGGAA